AUGGCUGUUCAAGGUAUUCCGUCACUCAUUCCAGCCUUUGGGGCACCAGACUAUCGAGACUGGCUGCGACUGCCCGCAAUGGAGUCAAAUGAGGAGAAAGAUGUCAUAUUUAGGCGCGAAAUCAUUCCCUAUCUCAACAACUACGCCGAAGGCGCAUCAAACUUUGACGACGCGCUACUCGAGCUUGAAAGGGAUCCAAAUGCAGCAACAAUCACUCUAGCCGACUUCGUGAAGCACCUUGCUGGCACGAUAAUUACAGUUGCCUGGCAAGAGAAUAUGCGCGCCUUUGUGCAAAGAGCACAAGACCCAGAAUCGAGGCUGAAUGACCACUGGAUGACGGAGGUACUGGAGGGCUUUGAACUAGCUCUUCCAAAGCUUACGAAGGAUCCACUAUGGUGGGUGCUGUGCGGACGACUGAGACUUUUCAGCCUCCAGGUUGGUUGCACUUCUGCACCGCAGGAUCCUUUGGGCUGUGUCUCUGCGGUGCGUGCCCAUGUUAGUUCCAGAAUCUCUGCGGCUGGGAGUGCAAGCCUCAGAGAAACUCGGGUCCAAACACAAAGAAAGCGACAGCAUGAAGAUUAUCAAGUCGCAUGGAUCUGUCCGUUGGAAGUAGAGCAGAUCGCUGCAUUGGAAAUGCUCGACGAACAGCAUGAGCCUCUAUCCCAGCCUCGCACAGACUAUAAUGUCUAUACUCUUGGCAGUAUUGGGAGCCACAACGUGGUAAUUGCAGGAUUGCCUCAGACAGGCAAUAACUCAGCUGCUGCAGUUAUUACUCAAGCGAGAACAACAUUUCCGAACCUAAGAUUCUGUCUCUUAGUGGGAAUCGGAGGCGGUGUACCAACAACAACUGACAAUGGGAUGAUCCGACUCGGUGAUGUUGUGGUCAGCAAGCCAACAGGGGAGCACUCGGGUGUGCUGCAAUACGACCAUGGAAAAGCUGAAGUGGCUCGUUUCAUUCGCACUGGUGCGCUAGCUCCACCGCCAACAAUACUUCUUAGCGCUGCUCAGGCUCUUGCCGCUCAACGCGCAAGGUCCAGGAAGGACUCUAUACUGGAUAAUAUCGAACGGAUUGAUACCAACAUCAGAGGGCUGCGGAGGUAUAUGCGUCCAGGUUCAGCUCUAGACCACCUGUACCGAGCUGAAUAUACGCAUCUUGACCCGAAACUUCCCUGUGCACAGUGUGGAUGUGAUCCAUCCCAGCGUGUGCAGCUCAUUGAUAAUGAAGAUGAUGAUCAUUUUGUGGUUAUUCACAGGGGCAUCAUUGCCUCUGGCGAACUGGUUAUCAAAGACGGUAAGCUGAGAGAUGAUCUAGCCAAACAGUAUAACAUCCUGUGCUUUGAAACAGAAGCUGCAGGUGUGUUAGUAAAUUUCCCCUGCCUCGUUAUUCGUGGUAUCUCAGACUAUUGUGACAGUCAUAAGAAUGAUUACUGGCAUGGGUACGCUGCUGCCGCUGCUGCGGCAUAUGCAAGAGAGCUUAUCUUUUACAUUCCAAAUGAUGUAUCGACCUGA